UUACGGUAUGGUCAUUGCUUACUCUUAAAAGAGCGCCACCCAAAAACACAGACACUUCUUUCUUCUUCGUCUUCCAUACUUGCUUUGGGGCUCUCAACUUCUCUUAUCACAUUGCGUCUUCUCCUCACGAUCCUGCACUCCUUGUUCUGUUUUUUCUUGAUCCAAUUGAAUUGCAUCCGUGUUUUGAUUCCAAUUCCGCUGAGUUUAAUUUGAGUGUUUACCUCUUGAGUUUCUGAUGAUGGCGGAGACUGAGGGAUCAUUGGCCGAUGAUCGAGAAGUGAUCGGCCGCGUCGGUGGUUGUGGGACUAAGUCUCCGUGGAAAACAACGGCUUCUCCUGCCGAGAGUGUCGAAGCUCCGGUAAUGGGUGCUCACUCGUGGCCAGCGCUCGCCGACGCGCAACAGCCGCGUCCUAAGAAUCCUCCUGUGGCGGCUCCUCCGUCUAAAACCAUUCCGACCUCAAGCCCAACUCCUACUCAGGCUGUAGCUGGUCAAGCGAAGUCUAAGCCUGGUGGAAAGGGUAAUCCUGCACACAAGAAUCCAUCUGGCCGUCACUCAAAACCCUGUUCGAGGAGCAACCAAAAUGUUCCUCCUCCUCCUCCUCCUUAUGUCGGGCACGCUAUGCCUUAUCAUCCACCUCCUUUUCCACCUAUGGUGCCUCUACCGCAUGCUACUGGUCCGGAUUAUCAAUAUGGUCCUUAUCCUCCCUACCCGAUUCCUGGAGCUCCGGUUCCUCCUGUUGCAGAGUCUGGCAAUGAAAAGCACGUUCAAACUUCCCCUCUUCCACCUGUGCUGCCAGCUCCUCAAGGGGACCCUGGACAGCCUUGGAAGCAUCAGAGGGGUUUUGACCCAAGAAACAUGCCACACGGCGCUGGACCGAGGAAUUUCAUGAGACCUCCAUAUAUGGGUCCUACUCCUGGUUUCCUGGUUAAUUCAGGUCCAGGCUUCCCCGGGCCUGUUUUCUACUUGCCGGUUCCACCCCCUGGAGCUAUAAGAGGUUAUCCUCCACGUUUAGGUCCAUACCCUGUUAACCAGGGUCCUCCAGUACUGUCUCCAGAGAAACACGACUUAAGGGAAAGAGUCGUAAAACAAAUAGAAUAUUAUUUCAGUGAUGAAAAUCUUCAGCAUGAUCAUUACCUCAUUUCCUUGAUGGAUGAACAAGGAUGGGUUUCCACAAAAAUUAUAGCUGACUUCAAAAGGGUUAAGGCGAUGACCAUGGAUGUAGACUUUAUAGUCUAUGCGUUGGGAUUUUCUAAUUCUGUUGAAGUUCAGGGUGACAAGAUACGCAAGCGCGACAGGUGGUUUAAUUGGGUUCCUGCAUCCAAAAGGUCAGUCUCUGAGGAGAAAAGUAGAGACAGUGAAAAAGAUUCCUCAGACAGUAUGACAAGCAGAGAUACUCCUAGAAACCAUUCAAAGGGUACUUCAAAGUCUUCUGUGUGUGACGGCUCUUCAGAGGGAGCUCAGUCUUCAAGUACCAAUGUUUGUGAAAGUGAUAUGCAGAAACCAUCAUCAGCCGAACAAAGAAAGAUGGAUGUCUUGUCAGACGAUUUUUCAGAAACGUUCUUGCUUGAUGAGGAAAUAGAUCUAGAGCAUAAAAGCCCAAGAAAGAGUGGACUUUCCAUGUCCAAAAGGAUUGAGGAUGAAGACGAGGAUAUGGUUGUUGAUGAUCAUAAGAUUAGUAAUCUUGUAAUUGUUACCCAGAAUAGCGGGAGAAAUGAUGGCACUGGAAUCAGUGGGACAAAAGCAAAAAACAUUCCUAAGGAGCUUGCCUCCACAAUAAACGAUGGUCUUUACUACUUUGAGCAGGAACUCAAAAAGAAUCGAUCUGGUCGUAGGAAGAAUAACUCCCAUUUGGAUAGCAGAGAUGGAAAAGUAAAACCUGGAGGAUUAUCAAACACUAAAUUAGGCGAAAAUUCCGCAGCAAAUGAUGGAGGUGAUGAGCAUGGCAUCGUUAAUUUACGGAGGAAGCAAAAUAAGGGAGUCCACAAACAUCAUAUGGCCCAUGCGAAGAGGUUCUUCUCGAGCAACAUAAGGAACCAUGGGGCUAGUCUCAGUUCUCAUGCAAGUACAUCAGAGAGUCCGCCUAGUAGCUCCAUUGGAUUUUUCUAUGGUUCGACACCACCAGACAGUCAUGGCCCCAGGCUUUCGAAAUUGAGUUCAUCGCCACAGUGCACUCUCUCUGGCAGCAGUCCACCUGUGGGCUCUUUACCAAAAUCAUUUCCACCUUUUCAACAUCCAAGCCACCAACUGUUAGAAGAGAAUGGGUUUAAACAAGAAAAGUACUUGAAGUAUCGCAAGCGGUGCUUAAGCGAAAGAAAGAAGCAGGGCAGCGGAUGCAGUGAGGAAAUGAAUCAUUUGUACCGAUUUUGGUCAUAUUUCCUCAGAGACACGUUUGUUCCGUCUAUGUAUGAAGAUUUCCAGAAGUUUGCUCUUGAGGAUGCAGCUGACAAUUACAACUAUGGGCUGGAGUGUCUCUUUAGGUUUUAUAGUUAUGGUCUGGAGAAGAAGUUCGAUGAGGAUCUUUAUAAGGACUUUGAGCAGCAAACGCUUGACUUCUACCACAAGGGAAAUCUAUAUGGCUUGGAGAAAUAUUGGGCAUUCCACCACUAUCAAGGCCAGAAAGAACCGAUAAAGAAGCACCCUGAGCUAGAGAAGCUACUGAAGGAAGAAUACCGUAGCAUAGACGAUUUCCGAGCAAAGGAUUCAAUCACCAGCCAGAAAGAAAACAAGUCUCACUAAUGUUAUUUGUAGAGACGAAGAGCAGAGCACAUAUCAUAUGCUUGCCACUGAGCAUAUGAUCCUUAAAUCUUGACCUAAAUUUUUGUGUAUGUCUUCUUCUGGGGAAGAGACCAAAACCAAGAUCAACCAAGAUCUCUCUCUGCAAGACAACCAUAGCUUUGACAGAAGACGCGUUCAUCUAAACAGAGUUUCGCCCUCUCCCCAAAAGUUGUAAUCUUUUUUUUUUGUACAUAUAGGGAUUAUUUUCUAAUUUCUCAAUUUUGAAAAAAAAAAACGAAAAAAGAAGAGGUGAUUGUAGUAGUGUCUCUGUAGAAACAAUAAGAGAUAUUUGUUUCACUUGACAUUAUUACUUAGAUAGUAUAUUUUUGUUUUGUUUUUUUGUAAAUUUU